AUGAAGUCUACUUUGGUAAUUGCAUCCGUCCUUUUGGCUGGCGUGGCUCUGGGAGUCAGUGCCUACAGAAUCAACAACAACAACAACAACAACAACAACCAGGAUGACAACCAAAACCAGUGGUUCCGUUUCCAACAAACAGACUCCAGUGAUGAAUCGUUCAAUGUGGGAGCAAUCCUUUUCGAUCAGAAUACAGAUGAUUCCAAAAUCUUCAACAACAACGACCAAUUCAACAAGCACAUCAUGAACAACAACGACAACUCCGAAUCAACAUUCGCCAGCCGUAAAUACCAGAACAGCCAAUACGACGAGACCCAUUUCGGUUUGAACGAAAACUUAAACCAAAAACAACGUCAACAACAACAACAGCAACAACAACAACAACAACAGCAACAGGAACAACAACAACAACAGUAUGGAAGCCAAAACCAAGCUACAAGUGGUCAGUCCAACGAACUCGCCAAGAAAAUCGCCGCUAAAAUCGCCACCAUCCAGAAAUCGCCGUCAACGACAACAUCGCCGACAACAUCAAUUACUUGA